GCGCGAUUAUCUAAUCGGAGCUUAUCGAGCUUAUCGGAGCCCACACUGGUGACAUCUUGGGCAGACACGCUCUAUCCCGAUCCCUCUGUCCUCCCAGGCGUCGGGCCCCUCAUUGCCCACGUCACGACAAUGACGCGUGCGGACACUAGCGUCUAUCCAACAGGCAUAGAUUGUGCUUGUACUGGUGUGUGGUGGAUGUCACGGGAUAGACAUCCCGGUGGGCCCCAACAAUGGCGAAGGCCAGAGUAGGGCAGAAAGAUGAUGUAUUCUCUAUGAGUGAUAGCUAGCUAAAGUACCUUCCGGCCCUGGUAGCUUACGUAACAGUGGAUCUGAGCAAUGUUACAAUGACAAAUUGGGACAUCACAGAUGCGGUAUAUACAAACUGGACUGAUUCAUCAAACUUUGCGCAUACCACCUACGGGCAGGGGACCGACAUUCAACUCACCCCGCCAACGUGUUAUGACCAGGAUGCUCAACCAAUUUCCGACACGACGGAGUGCACAAAGACGAUUUCCAAUCGUUCACAAAUCGCAUUGCAGAACUUCUUCACUGGCGAUAAAACAGGGUUCACGGGCAUGGCGACCCAGAACUUAACCACUGGACGCUGGAACAUCGGCAGCGAAGUCAUGCAGCUCAUUUACACAACCGCUGGUCGCUCGGAUGAUCUCGUCAUAAGCAUGGGGAUCAUCAUGAAUAACAUCGGUCUACUCAUGAUCUCUAAUAUUCGUCAAACACAGCCACAAGCUGGUUUCUCAAAGAGCUUGGGAGAGGUAUGGAUCUGGACUACUCUCUACCAUAUCCGCUGGGGCUACAUGGUCCUUCCAACCCUGCUUGUGGUCGCCAGCGUACUCUUGUUGAUAGCCACAAUCAUCAAGAGCUGGGGACAUGAGAAGUGGAAGUCUUCUGUGCUGCCGCUGUUAUUUCAUCCCUUAGCAGAUGAAGUACGACCUGGGGUGGCGCCUCAUAAGAUGUCCGAGUUGAAGGCAGUUGCGGAAAACAGGCAAGUGCGACUUCACAGGGGCCACUUGGGUUCUCAAUUUGUUUAGGUUUCAAUUAUUUCUUUCGGACCGUUAUAUCUUUAGGAAUACUCCUUACAAUGGAUUUGCUACACGGGG